AGUGGGCGAGUUUAGAGGCGUGACCAGCAAGGAUACUGGUUUGCAGUGUGUGUGAGCCUAAGGAAUCGAGGCUAAAGAAUCAGAGCCAGAAGUGUCAAGAACCCGUUUCCGGUCCAGGGCCUGCACUGUGUGGAGUUGCUUGGUGCAGGAUUGCCUGCUGAGCACAGACGGCCGGGGUCUGGCGGACCCGUGAACUCCUCUAAGCCACAGGUGCCCGGCGGGGCUGCCUGCAGAGGCAGCAGUAGGCAGCUCAGCGGUGGCAACCGCAGCCUGGCAGCUCUGGAACCUCCCAGGCCUCACUGAUCACCUAGACCUGCUCACCUGUGGAGCAGAACAAAGACCUGGAAGAUGGAGAGGGAGGAGGCAGAAGCUAAGGAUCCAGGGCCACAAGCCAGCUAUUCAUUGUUCUUCAAAGAGAAAAUCAAAGAAGAGACACAGAAAGAAAUGGCUGAUUCUCCAUUAAUCAUGUCCCAGCGUCUGUUGACGUUUGGGGAUGUGGCUGUGGACUUUCCCCAGGAGGAGUGGGAGUGCCUGGACUCUGCUCAGAGGGCUUUGUACAUCGAUGUGAUGCUGGAGAAUUACAGCAACCUGGUCUCUGUGGAGAACUACUGCAUAUGUGAUACUGUUCAUCAGCCGGUGAAGACCGGAAAGGAGUCUUGUCAGUGUAAUGAGCUUGGUGAAAUGCUUCAUGACCCCUCUGACUGUGCACCGGGAAGUGACACUACAGAAACCUCUAAUAACUACAGACGCUGUAAGGACAGGCAUGCCUCUAUUGACUUAUUAAAUCCAGAUAGACAUAAAAGCACACACACUGGAGAAGAACUUUGCAAAUCUGAAGACUGUGAGAAAUCUUUAAGUUUGUGUUCCAACAUUAAUCAAGAUCAGAGACUCUAUACUGAAAAUAAACUGCAGAGUCAGGGAGAAUACAAUGCCGAUUUCAGCUCUGCGUACAGUCUCUUGCAACAAACAAUCUACAUUGGAGAGACACCGCAUCAAUGUGGGAAAUGCAGGAAAUGUUUCAGUACCUCCUCAAGCUUAACUGUACACCAGAGAAUUCAUACUGGAAAGAAACCCUACAAGUGCAAUGUUUGUGACAAAUCCUUUACCCAGUGCACAAAUCUUAAAACCCAUCAGAGACUUCAUACUGGGGAGAAGCCUUACAAAUGCACUGAAUGUGGGAAGUCCUUUCCCCAGGUGUCAGCACUUAAAAGCCAUCAGAAAAUGCACACAGGGGAGAAGCCUUACAAGUGUAAGGAGUGUGACAAAGCCUUUGCUCACUGCUCCAGCUUCAGGAGACAUCAGAAAAUCCAUAGUGCUGAGGAAUAUUAUACUUGUCAACAAUGUGGCAAAGUCUUACAUCAGCUUUCACACCUUAGAAGCCAUUUCAGACUCCAUACUGGAGAGAAGCCGUACAAAUGCAAUGAGUGUGGCAGAUCCUUUACCCACUAUGCGUCAUAUAAAAGGCAUCAGAAAACCCAUUCUCUAGAGAACUUUUACAAAUGCAAAGAAUGUGGUAAGUCCUUUCUUGAAUUAUCACAUCUUAAAAGGCAUAACAGAAUUCAUACUGGCGAAAAGCCUUACAAAUGUGAGGUCUGUGAUAAGUCCUUUACUGUUAAUUCUACUCUUAAAACACAUCUGAAAAUUCACACUGGAGAGAAACCUUUUAAAUGUAGGGAAUGUGAUAAAUCUUUUACCAAGUGCUCACAUCUUCGAAGACAUCAGAGUGUUCAUACUGGUGAGAAACCUUACAGAUGUAAGGAAUGUGACAAAUCUUUUACUGAGUGCUCAACUCUUAGAGCACAUCAGAAAAUUCAUACUGGAGAGAAACCUUACAAAUGUAGAGAAUGUAACAAAUCCUUCAUCCAGCGUUCAAAUCUUAGAAUACAUCAGAGAGUUCAUACUGGAGAGAGACCUUACAUAUGUAAGGAAUGUGGCAAAUCUUUUACUAAGUGUUCAACUCUUCAAAUACAUCAGAAAAUUCAUACUGGAGAGAAACCUUACAAAUGUAUGGAAUGCAACAAAUCUUUUACCCAGGACUCACAUCUUAGAACACAUCAGAGAGUUCAUACUGGAGAGAGACCUUACAUAUGUAAAGAAUGUGGCAAAUCUUUUACUCGGUGCUCAUAUCUUAGAGCACAUCAGAAAAUUCAUACUGGAGAGAAACCUUACAAAUGCAAAGACUGUGACAUAUCAUUUAUCCAGAUUUCAAAUCUGAGAAGACAUCAGAGAGUUCAUACUGGAGAAAAAAUACCGUUGUAACUAUUGUGACAUUUUUCUGGUAUUCCCUGCUUACAAAUCACAACAGUAUAAGUAAAAGAAACAAAAAUAAGUUUUUGAAAACCUUUAAUGAAGAUUUAAUUUUUUUAAAAAAAAUAAUAGUUUAUAUUAACAUAAAAUUCUGUAAUUAUAACUGCGGGAAAAGCUUUGUAUUUUUUUUAAUGUGAUGUUUGCCAGGCUGCAGGUCUUCUCUGUGCACUGCAUGUGGUUGUGGUUGGGAGCCGGUUGGAAGCCUGGUGUGGUUGGAAGCCGGAAGAGCGCAUCAGAUCCCCUGAAGCUGGCAGUACACCUAGUUGUGUGUGUAGCUGUUUAUAUGUUGGGAAUUGAACCCGUUCUCUGUAAGAGCAUCCAGUUUUUUCUUAACCACCGAGUUUUCUCUCUCAUCCCUGGGGAAAGCUAUAACAAAAAUAUUUACCUUAUUUAAUAUCUAACCAUUCAUAAUAAUGCCAGUCAAGAUGGUGUAUGCCUUUAAUUGCAGCACCUAGAAGACACAGCCAAGCAGAUCACUGUGAGUCUGGGUUCAUCCUGGUGUACAUAGUGGGUUCCAGGACUGCCAGGAUUACAUAGACCCUGUCUCAAUAAAAAUAAAAAUAUAAAAAAAUGGUAAAUAAGAACAACAUAGAAUAACAUAAGCAAUUGGAAAAGACAUAUAAUUAAAGUGUACAUCACAAAGUUCAUAGUUCCGAGAAGCCAUGUUAAAAUAUAUCUUAUAUAAUCCCCAUGUCUCUUUGGAAAUUACAUCACCCACAAAUAUUUUGAAUUUGACAAAUGCUUUACAAAAUAGUGCUAAAAUUGCAGAGGUAAAAGAAACUUCAUCAUGAAAGAAAAUGCUCUAAUUCUCAUCUUUCACUAACUUUCAAAAUCUUCAUAAUAGAAUUAAUCCUUACAAAUAUCAAGAAAGAGACAAACUGAUGAGAUAGGCUGUGCAUGUGAUAUAAUUGGAAUGCUGACAUACAGCUUAGAAAUACCUCAAAGGCUACGGCUGUGAUGAUACACACACUUCAUCGCAAUGCUCUGAACAAAGGUAGGUGCAUCUGUGUGAGUUCAUACAUCUCGGAUAGUGAAUUGGUACUAUAGGGUACAUUGUUCAGGGGUAAGACCAUGAUAUCAUUUCUCUGCCAGCAGCCUGUACUAGACCUUGCAAUGGUACAAAAGCUAGCCACUUUGUAAAGUUUCCUGGUAAGUUCAAGAUUGUUCUCUGUCUGUCUCGAAGCCAAAGUGUUUGGUGUCAUCAAUAACACCACGUGCUUAGGAUAGCCAUAUAAGAGAACUGACAAUGACCUGUUUUGUUUGGGGUGCCCCUGGCCUCCAUGAAGAAUAGGUCCUAAGCAGAUACAAAUAUCUGGUACAGAGAGUUCCAUUUAAUAGCCCUGGCAUCUGGGGGUAGCAUUAUUUAAAUGACACCUCUGCUCUUUAAAUAUGCCUUUAAAAUCAUAUUUCCUAUAUAACCUGUAAGAUACUGGAGGUUCAUAAAGCCUUACUUUGGACAACCCACACACUCUUCUUUCUUCCUGUCCUCAUCUCGAGUUAAACACAUAGUACACAUUGUCCAGUGCCACAUUCUUUUAUAGCACACGUGUUGUGCUAUCCCCUUUAAUUACGUUUUUUAUAUGGGAUGCAAAACGAUAGGUUUCUGUGUAGCUCAUUCAUGCACAUGUCAUUUGAGUGGAGUUUUAGCAGCUUGCUUUCUUCCCCGUCACCCCACUACAUGUUUCAAUCAUGCACCCUGCAUUCCCUCUCUAUUUUCAUAUCACCUAUAUUCUAAUACCCACACUCUUUUCUUGAAUUUCUCUACUUCAGGUGCAUUUCUAGCAUCUUGGCAUCAACAUGUAGUCUCACUAGAACACACAACAGUAUGAAGCUCAGAUGCACCCGAGUAGAAACGUGAUGUUGCCUGCUGGGGCUAGGAGGGAGCACUCAUCAUAAUUUCCAGUAACCUAUUUUAGCUCCAGAUUCCCCAGUUUCCCUUUAUUGACACCUGAGUAAUAUACCUUUCUAUAAUAAGUAUCACAGUUUCAUUUAUGUGUGUGUCAGUUGAGGGACAUCUGAGUUGAUUCUACUGCCUAGAUACUGUGAAUAAAGGUAAAAUGAACAUGAUGGACAAGUGUUCCUUGGUAAAGAUGGAGAGUACUUGGAGGUCAUGCCCAGGAGUGGUUGUUAUGUAUCAGCUUCUACUGAGAUAAACCCUUCCGAUUUGGAGGAAGUUCCUUAAAAUAUAGGAUAUUAAAGCAGAGGUAAAUAAAUGGAUGUUCUUAUGGGAGAAGAUAUGUUUAUUCUACCAAAAAAAAUCACCAGAAGCUUAAGGCGAUAUAGAUGACUUAAUAGCUUCAGGAAGUCCCAGGAACUGGCAAAAUUCACCAGUGCCCUCCUGCCUCAAGCAUAUAUAAUCAGUAUAGACUCUGACACUAUCAGACAAAAUGAGCUUCCCAGAAAAUGUUCAGACUAGCCAUGAAGCACAUACCAGUCAAGUUGCCUGAAUCAGACAAGACAGGUCAAGCUGACUGGAGGGUGUAGUGAGUGGCUUCAAAGACAAACCUCCCUGUUGGAUUCCAUAGCUGCCUGCAGCUAUUAUGAACUGGGUUGCUGGAACAGAAGCUGAGGGAUGGAUGGGGAAGGGGCAAAAAGAAAGAAGGGCCAGGACAAUGUUUCACUGAUCAAGGCCAGAACUGUAAUGUCCAUCAGAUCUUUUAACAGUUUGGGCAAACCUCCCCCCCCCCCCCCCAGACCCUGGGUUGAGUUCCGGUGGAAGUUGUCUAGCUUUGCCUGGUGGUCCUUGUCUUGACUGCUCCUGCAGCUGGGUGGGUCACCUGCUUAAUUCAGGAAUUAGUAGACCUGGAGGAACAAUGAGCUUAACCUUCACUCUGAGCUUCUCCACCCUAGGUGGAGCAGGAUCAAUCCUUGUUCCACUGUAGGCCAAGAGAAGUUCACCUUGACCAAUGUCAAGUACACGCUGAGCACUCCACCCUAGGAUAAAAAUGCCUGCUAUAACCUACUUCCCUGUUAUUCCCUAAUGUCAGAUUCCUGCUGAAGCCAGGGAUUGUCCUUGGCUGAUGUCAAGUUCCUACCACGUGGUAUGACUCCCCAACAUGGCUCUGUACACCUCCCACCUGAGGUGAGCUGCCUGCAAGCUGUGCAGCGAUCCCCAGGUUUGCACCUUCAUCAGCCAUCACUCUCACAGUGUGAAGCAACUGUUACUCAGCCGUUUGUGUUUCUGUCAGUAGCUCCCCGCCCACACUCUUGUAAGUCACUUGUCCACUGGCAUUUAGAGAUGACUCAAUGCUUAAGAGCACCAUCUGCUCGUUCAACUGACUCACUUUGAGUCGUUAGCACCCUCACAUGGGCACUCAGUCUGUAACCUCAACUCCAGGGCAUCCAGUGCCCUCUUCUGGACCCUUCGAGCACCAGGAACGCUCAGAGUUCACCAGCAUGCAUGCAGGUGAAACAUCAAUAAAAAAGAAAGCACAUUGGUUCAGCGAGGCGAACUCUGUUGGUUCCCCACAUUAAUUUGUCAUUGGUUCCUUAUCUGAAAUAAGUAUAUGUGUGUCUUUGUUUCCACAGGAAUAGUGCCACAUGUUACUUCUGUUUCGUGACACCCAGAUUCCUUUUUUUUUGAGAAUAUAUACACUGAUUUUCUAAGUUGAUUCUCCAGUUCUCACUCCCCGAGCAGUAUUUGGCUUCCUUCCCCCAUGUCUACGCCAAGAGUAGUUAACAUUACUAUUCCUGAUGGUGGACACUGUAGUUAGGGCAGCAUGUUACCUUAAAGGAACCUUUGUCUGAAUUUCACUGAUAAUUUUACAAACAUUUUUGUCUUCGUGUGGGUUUCAUGUAUUUGUUUUAUUUUUGUUCUGCUUUUUUUUUGUACUGUAAAAAUUUUAAAAUGAUAGUGUAACUACAACAUGUUUCAUUUCCCUUUCCUACUGCCAAAUUCUCGCAUAUAUUCUUCCCCACUCUCGUCAUUUCACUGUUAUGGUAUGUAUAAUAUGUACAAGUGUAUAAUUUAUGUGGAA